ACAAACUAGGUUUUAAGUAUUGUAACAAUGGCGCUUGAAGCUUUGAAUUCACCGAGGUUGGUCGAGGAUUCAUCUACAAGAUUCCAUGGCGUUGAGCAGUGGACCAAAGGUAAGAAACGAUCCAAACGUUCGAGAUCUAAUCAUCAUCAUAACCACCGUUUUACUGAGGAAGAGUAUCUAGCUUUCUGUCUCAUGCUUCUUGCUCGGGACGGCAGCGAUCUUGAUUCUGUGAUGGCGAAGGAGAAGCUGGGUUAUAAGUGUGGCGUUUGUUACAAAGCAUUUGCGUCUUACCAAGCUCUCGGUGGUCAUAAGGCAAGCCACCGGGGUUUAUACGGCGGUGGAGGUAAUGAUAAGUUGACUAUGUCCGCUGCUGUGAAAUCUCACGAUUGUUCGGUUUGCGGGAAAUCUUUCGCCACCGGUCAAGCUCUUGGCGGCCAUAAGCGAUGCCACUACGACGGUGGCGUUUCGAAUUCGGAAGGUGUGGGGUCUACUAGCCACGUCAGCAGCAGUAGCCACCGCGGAUUUGACCUUAAUAUUAGGCCGGUGCAGGAAUUCUCGCCGGAGGAGGAAGUUAUGAGUCCGAUGGCUAUGAAGAAGCCUCGCCUGAAGUAAGUCUUUGUUGAAGACUUGAGUUUACCAAUGUAAAUAUCAAAUUUCAAGGAACAAUUCUGUUGAUCCUUUAAAAAAGUUUUGAAAAUUUUGUAUUUUAGGCUAUCAGAGGGUUUAUAUUAAUGAUGUUUAAAAAAUCUAGUCUAAAGAUGUUCAUUGUCUACCUGAAACUUUUUGGAUGAUGGCUAUAUACGAUUCAGUUCCUUUGUUUCUGAAGUAAACAUUAGUAUCUGUA